GUCCCACGCGCGUAGCGCCGCCCACGCGAGGAUUUGCGUCAAGCCGGCGCGUGGGAGUGAGACAGCAAUGCAGUUUACAUCGGAAUAUCCCCGCACAAGAGAGAAAGAGACAGCACCGAUGAGCCUUCAACACACUUUCUCUCCUUCGCGAGAGGCGGAGCGCUGCCUCGAGACAGCGGCCAGCACCGGGAGCAGUCGCGCACACCAGCUGCGAAAGAGAGCCAUGUCAGUGCUGCUGCCACGUUCCUUGGGCGAGCUGCAACUGUACCGGAUCCUGCAGAAGGCCAACUUGCUCUGCUACUACGAAGCCUUCAUCCAGCAGGGCGGCGACGAUGUGCAGCAGCUCUGUGAGGCCGGCGAGGAAGAGUUCCUCGAGAUCAUGGCCCUUGUCGGAAUGGCGACCAAACCCCUUCACGUUCGAAGACUCCAGAAGGCUCUACGGGAUUGGGUCACCAACCCUUCCAUCUUCAACCAACCGUUGACGUCUCUUCCCGUUUGCAGUAUACCGGUGUACAAGCUACCCGAAAGUUCCCACAGCAACGGGCAACAGAACCAGCUUGCUGUUCCCAGAGCGUUAUUACCCACAAGCCCCAGUCCUGGAAGACUGGAUCUCAGCAGGGACGGGACGCCAGGGUGCUCCCCACUGCAAGGGGUUAGCGAGAGUCGUUUCUGGGGAAGCGAGAGCGAGCACAGCCUAUCUCCAUCUGGAGCUUGUUCCCCGUGUUCACCCCACGACGCUCUCGACGCUCUCGAUUCUGCUGCUGUCCAGUGCGUGAUGGAGUGUGUAGAGCGACUAGCCCAAACAUUGCCCAAGAGCGACCCCACGGAAGUCAAAGAACACAUCCGCGCCAAUAAGAAGCUCAGCAAGAUGAUCGGCCAUAUCUGCGAGAUGAGCGACAAUCCACAGAAGGAGGUGGAGAUUCGGAAAUACAGCACCAUCUAUGGACGGUUCGAUUCCAAGAGGCGGGACGGCCGGCAGCUUACGAUGCACGAGCUAACGGUCAACGAAGCAUCCGCUCAGCUGUGCAUGAAAGAUCUGUCGCUGCUGACCCGAAGAGAUGAACUUUUCUCACUGGCCAGGCAGAUUUCACGUGAAGUUACCUACAAAUACACCUGCAUGAGCAGCAGGUCCCACUGCGGUGAUGAAGAUGAACCAUCUCCCAAGAGGAUCAAAUCUGAAGUACAGCUGGACUCUCUGUUGGCCAAGCAGGUGGAACUCUUGCGUGAUGCUACCGUCCAAGAGAGACUAAAAUCGUUGGACUGGCGGAUUCCAACUGCAGCACUGAAAUACCUCGCUCCCACUGCUCAACACUGCAACAGCAGCCUCUCACAUCUCUCUGGCGAGAGACCCCUAAACUUGCGCCUGACAGAUGUGCCGCUGGGUAGGCAAUUAGCCAAUGAGCUCAAACGACAUCACAAACAGAACGCAGAGGAACGACAUCAUAACCAACAGACGUCCGAAGAGAGAAUGGUGGCGGCCACAGAAAAUGGGUCUCAGAAGGAGCCCGGGCUUCUGGACAAGAAAACCAUCAAAUCAGAACCAGAGGACUCCAGAUAACAUCUUCAGCCUCAAAGUGAAACCUGCAUUUUGUUUGCUCAGUGGAUUUAGUAAUGAAACUGUGUGGCC